UUAGUGUGCGCCGCGGGUGCUGGGGGCUCGAGAACCGAGCGGAGCUGGUUGAGCCUUCAAAGUCCUAAAACGCGCGGCCGUGGGUUCGGGGUUUAUUGAUUGAAUUCCGCCGGCGCGGGAGCCUCUGCAGAGAGAGAGCGCGAGAGAUGGACAUGGACAAACGGAUUCAUUUAGAGCUGCGGAACAGGACGCCCUCUGAUGUGAAAGAGCUUGUCCUGGACAACUGUCGGUCGAAUGAAGGCAAAAUCGAAGGCCUCACAGACAAAUUUGAAGAACUGGAAUUCCUAAGUACAAUCAACGUAGGCCUCACCUCAGUCGCCAACUUACCAAAGUUAAACAAACUUAAGAAGCUCGAACUAAGCGAUAACAGAAUCUCAGGGGGCCUGGAAGUAUUGGCAGAAAGGUGUCCGAACCUUACGCAUCUAAAUUUAAGUGGCAACAAAAUUAAAGACCUCAGUACAAUAGAGCCACUGAAGAACCUAGAGAACCUCAAGAGCUUAGACCUUUUCAAUUGUGAGGUAACCAACCUGAACGACUACCGAGAAAAUGUGUUCAAGCUCCUCCCACAGCUCACGUAUCUUGAUGGCUAUGACCAGGACGACAAGGAGGCCUCCGACUCAGAUGCUGAGGGCUAUGUGGAGGGCCUGGAUGACGACGAGGAGGACGAGGAUGAGGAGGAGUAUGAUGAAGAUGCUCAGAUAGUGGAAGAUGAGGAGGACGAAUAUGAAGAGGAGGAGGGGGAAGAGGAGGACGUGAGUGGAGAGGAGGAGGAGGAUGAAGAAGGUUAUAACGACGGGGAAGUUGAUGACGAGGAAGAUGAGGAAGAUCUUGGUGAAGAAGAAAGGGGUCAGAAGCGAAAACGAGAACCUGAAGAUGAGGGAGAAGAUGAUGACUAAGUGGAAUAACCUAUUUUGAAAAAUUCCUAUUGUGAUUUGACUGUUUUUACCCGUAUCCCCUCCCCUCCUCCAAAUCCUGUCCCCUGAAACUUAUUUUUUUCUGAUUGUAACGUUGCUGUGGGAAUGAGAGGGGAAAAGUGUACUGGGGGUUGCUGGGGGAGGGAGGGCGGGAGGGGGUGGAAUAAAAUACUAUUUUUACUGCCACUCUUUAUUUUUUUUUCCCCUCCUUUUUCUUUGUGUCUGGUUUUGUCCCUGUAAAUGCAAUAGCUGAGUACACACCAAGUGAGCGUUUGUUCCUUACUCUCAAAGAGGAUGGUUUGGAGGUCUCUUACAUUUCCUGGUAUGUCCCAAGUCCCUGGAAUUGGUUUGAAGGCCGUGCUGGCCUCAGACUGGUCACUCAGAUCCUGGGAAGGGCUGAGUACCAGCUAUACCUUUAACUCUUGCUUUGGCUCAUGUGUUUUCUGCAUUUCUUGGGCCUGCUAGAGGCAUCCAACGCCCUGGUUUGUAAAUAGCAACCUAAAGGCGUAUUUUGGCACUGGUCUGGGGACAUUCCCCAUCUCUCAUCCCUUUUCCCCCUUCACAGACGGUGGUAGGCUUCACUCUACAAAGAGAACUCUGGUGGUACUCUUGAGCUGUGAGCCCACGAGCUGAAAACCACAGGUUUAUGAAUUAUAAGAAAAAUGGGUUUGGUAAUUAUAAUCAGAAGAAACAAACCCUCAAACUUCAACCUCUUUAAAAGAAAAAAAAAACUGUCCUAUCUUGUUCUGUAAAAUAUUAGAACACUUUGUUUUAUGAAAAUGACAGGAUAAUUCUUCCAC